UACAAUACAUACUGUAGUAAACAUGGGAAAGAGCCUAAUUCCUUACGUAAGUGAGAGCAGGCCAUGUCUUUACUAGAGGUUGACCGAUUUACGAUUUUUCGAUAGCGAUUUAUUGGAGGACCGAAAAAAGCCGAUGCCGAUUUAAUAAAAAUAAAAAAAUUUAAUCUUUAGGAUGGAACAGAAAAUAUGGCGCUGUACAACGUGACGCUCAUAAAUAAACUUCCAGACACAAAUGAGACCACUCUUGACCAUUUUACUUGCCCUAGCAGAGCAGGGUAACCAGAAUGUUGGUGACUGUGCUGCUGGAAACAAUUUAAUUUCCCUUUUUUGCUGAUGUUUACUGACACCGGCCAUAUUCAACCAGUGUUGAGCGCUCGUAAAUGCAUUGUUCUGGUACAGUCAGACACGAGUGCUCUGUAUUCGGAGUAGAUCUCCAGAGCGAAUUUACAAAAGCACCCGAAUGUCCCUUGAACACACAACGACUAUGCCGUUUAGCUAAGCUAAGAAUGACGGGAAUAAUCAAGUCAAUAAACGUUGGGUAGUUAGUUAGCCUAUAGUUAAUAUACUGUCAAGUUUGAUGUAUAACUACUAACGUUAGGUAGAUAGCUAACAUACCGGUACAUAAUACUGUAAUGAUAUGCUAUGUGGUUGGUAAGGACAGCGUAGCUAACAAAUUGUCAGCCAACAUAAAGUUUAAGGUAACUUAUUUGAAAAUGUAUUACUUUGAGUAGCAAGCUACCCCUUGGUUGUUAGGGCAAAUCUGGUCUAUGACAGGAGGGCGAAGGGGAGGGGUUCAAUAGUCUAUUGUUCAGCUAUUAGCCCCCCUCCACAACUUGCAACAAAUUGUGGUUUUCCUUUCCCUCUUCCAAGCGUUAUCAUUCUGCGCCUGAGUGGCUCGCUUGUCGGCUGGCAGGAUAUGGCAGCAUCUUCGGUUGUGCAUCAAGAAUUCUGCACGUUUGUAUGAAGGUGUGGUUAGUCACAGGCAAAUUGUUAUGCUAUGGAGGUACAUUUGUCCUUUUUUUGUAGAGAACAAAGUUUUUAUUUUCAAUCAAAUAAUUGUUCUGAAAGCAACUUCUGACACAAUGGAAGUCUAAGCGGACACCUACGAAGAAGGACUGUGUGAUGAGGGCAUCUCAGGUUAUACCAGCUGUUUUUGUGAACCCCUCCUGUAUCUGAACUGGCUGACAGAGGGCACAGCAUGAUCAUAGGUAUGUUUUGAUGUGAGAGAGGAAGCCAGUCCCGUCAUCGCCACCUCAACCUUCGGGCCAACUGGGAGCCCAAGGCUGGUUAGGAGACCGCAAUUGUGGUGAACUGAGAGAAUAUUAGGGUGUGAUUGAGAGCUGUCAGACCUAAGUUGAGAUGGACGAGCUCCAGGACGUUCAGCUGACUGAGAUCAAGCCACUGCUCACAGAUAAGAAUGGACGUAACUUCCAGGACUUUGAUUGUCAGGAGCAUGACAUCGAGACUCCCCAUGGUGUUCUGCACGUGACGAUGAGGGGCACCCCCAAGGGCAAUAGACCAGUCAUCCUCACCUACCAUGACAUUGGUCUCAACCAUAAGUCCUGUUUCAACACCCUGUUCAACUUUGAAGACAUGCAGGAGAUCACAUCCCACUUUGCUGUGGUUCACGUGGACGCCCCAGGACAGCAGGAGGGUGCUCCCCCAUUCCCCACAGGGUACCAGUACCCUACCAUGGAUGAGCUGUCUGAGAUGCUGCCGUCUGUCAUGACUCAGCUGAAGGUGAACAGUGUGAUUGGGAUUGGAGUUGGCGCUGGAGCCUACAUCCUGUCCAGACUGGCUCUCAAUGAGCCGGCCCUGGUCGAAGGUCUGGUCCUCAUCAAUGUGGACCCAUGUGCAAAGGGCUGGAUGGACUGGGCUGCCUCCAAGAUGUCCGGCUGGACCAGCAACCUGGUGGACAUAGUGAUGGCCCACCACUUCAGUGAUGAUGAGCUGUCUGACAACCAGGAGAUCACCCAGACGUAUCGACUGCACAUCGCCCAGGAUAUCAACCAGGAAAACCUGGCCCUCUUCUGCAAUGCCUACAACAGCCGUCGGGACUUGGAGAUUGAGAGGCCUGUCAUCGGUCUGACUGACGACCCGGUGAACACACUGACAUGCACUUCUCUGCUGGUGGUUGGUGACACGUCCCCGGCUGUCGAUGCAGUGGUUGAAUGCAACUCGAGGUUAAAUCCAACCAAAACAACCCUUCUUAAGAUGCAAGACUGUGGCGGGCUUCCUCAGGUCAUCCAGCCGGGUAAACUCGCGGAGGCCUUCAAAUACUUUAUCCAGGGAAUGGGUUACAUGCCCACGGCCAGUAUGACCCGCCUGGUGCGUUCUCGUACCCACUCUACCUCCAGCAUGGGCUCUGUGGAGGGGAGUCGCAGCCGCACCCACACACAGCUAGAGGGCGCCACUGCUGCCGGCCCGGGUGUCGAACAGGCCAGGCCACAGACCAUGGAGGUUUCCUGUUAAAGAACCCAGCCCAGAAAACCACCACCUCCCCCUCCCUCUCUUUUUUCCUUUCCCAUGCUCAAGGUCAGAGAGGAUUGGAAUCAUGAGGGGGGCGUCUGAAACGUGUUCUGAAAGAUAAUUUAUGAAGACUGAAGCAGUCAGGUUCUCUGCUGUGUUCUCUCACCAUUUCCUGUUGUCUGUCUAUCAUGCCUGUCUGUGCAUGACUGCUGUGGUACGGCAACCUGAAAGUCAGUAAGCAGGCGGACGAUACUGCUUGUCUGGUUUUCCUUUUGUUGUCUACCAGCUCUCCCCAUUAAAAGAGGAAGAGGUUUUUUUUUUAAUCUUUGAGAUUUGAGAUAUAUUUGUAUUUAUAACUAUUUUGGGUCAGUGUGUCAAAGAUAACAGAUGGAAAGGCAUCAGGAGUUUUCUCUUGUAAAGUACUCUAUACGGAGUAAUGUUGACCCUCUCUGUCUCCCUCUGGGGUCUUCCUCACCUUGCUAAUUGGUAAGAUCAGACCAAAUCACACCACCCCUCCUUAGUGGUCCAUUCCUUAAUCAGUCUCAUGACACACCAUUUUUUCUUGAUUCUUUUUAAUUGUUUUUAUGUUGUGAUUUGUGGAAAAAAAUACCUUUUGCUUUCCUGGAUUGCAAUACGAUGUGAUAAACUUGCUCCUGCUCUGUACCUUUAUACCAAGAAUAUCUGACAGAAUGACCCUCUAGUAGAUUAAACGUAAUGGACGUGUCUGUAGAAUUGCUUUUGUCUAGAUGUAUCUAGAAAUAGUUGCCUUGUUUGAUAUUUUCUUUUUCGUGUGAGUUAUUUGAAAUGGCAGGCCCUGGGUUUUUGACCCCACCCACAUUUAUUAUUGACGGGCAGAGAAAAGAACCAACCCACUGGGCACAGACGUCAGUUCAGUGUCUAUUCCAUGUUGGUUCAACGUAAUUUCAUCGAAAUGAUGUGGAAACGACGUUGAUUCAACCAGUGUGUGCCCAGUGGGAACAUUUUACUGUAGUUUAUUGAAAAUUCAAGUCAAAUGUGGAGAGUACCUAAACUAGCCCCAGCUCAGUCAGAGGUGAGGAAAUGUCUGCCAAUUGAGGUACAGAUAACAUUACUACCUCUUUCAUAAAAUAAAACUAAAAUAUAUUAACUUACAUUGCUUCCAGUUAGUAGAAAAUAGUAUGUUUUCCCUCCUGAUGAAAUAAAGAUGAGGUGAAAACGACAACGGGUCAGAUGCCUGAGGGACUGUGGAUUGUGUAAUAAAUGUUUUUAUAGAGUUUCUUAUUAAUGUUCUUAGUUGGUAGUUUUCUCUGUGGUUUUCCUGCAUUUCUCUCUGAUUGUACUACAGCUUGGGUGAGCACGUGGUGAUGAUGCAUUGGACUCUGUCUGCAUAGUAUACGGGGUGCUGUUAGUCAUACUGUGCUGACUAUGUCAAUUUGUACUGAUCAUAAAAUAAAGCUAGAAGCUGUACAUGCCUGGA